AAAUUUCGUUUCGAUUUUACAUUUAUACAAUUAUAUAAUUAACAAGCUACACAAAUUACUUAUAUUUUUGUAAUAUUUAGACAAUUGUUUCCUGUAGGUACAUAAGAAUGCUACAAGCUAAACAGAAUGCCACCUGAAGUAUCAACUAAGUCAACAGACCCGAACGUCGCAGUGAUACAAGUUGAAAUCAUUUUAUGAUUAUCAGCUAAAUUUGCAUAUCAGAAAUCAUUGCGCAACAAAAGUGUUUAACCACUUUCGCUGGCAACGAAUUGACAUAUCAGCCUGAUAAGCUAUAAAAAACAACAACACUCUUGAGACGCGUGGCACGUCUUUUCGGCACACGUGGUUAAAGAUCUCGUUAUUACCAGCACAUACGUAUAAUCGAUGACUGAUUGCGUAACGAUUAAUCAAGUAUCAAUCCAAUCCAGGUCUUGACGAAAGUGUCGGAAGAGUCUGUAUAAAAUUUGAAUCGAUCCUGUGAGAAAAUUCAGAAAAAGUCGGCCGUAAGUCUGUCUCAAGUCUGGCUGAAGUCGCUCCGCUGGGACUACUAUCCCAUACUAAUUAUAAGGCAAAAUAAUCUGUGAAAGUCUCACCCAGACUUGUUCCAGACUAGAUCACCUCCAGACAGCUGGAGACUUCGGAGACACCUGUACUCAGCAACUCCUGUGGGACCUAUUCUAAACAUGUUCCAUACCACUGCCAGACAAGUAAGUCUUACUUGGCCUCACGCCGAAAACUAAAAACACUUCGUGCUUUGAUUUCGAUAUUUUAACUAUGAUUUAUUAAAAUUAUCCAUAACUAAUCUUACCAAUUGCAAGAACAAUUGAUAUUGCGCUGGUUAUUUUUUCAACGACUAUUCUGUAACCAUUCGUGCCAUUUCUUGCUGUUCAUUUAUAUUUGCACUUAUUUGGUUAUGUGGUAUUGAACAAUGAAAAAACAUCGCGAACCUUAACUAGUCGUAUAAAUUUAUUCUAAGAAAUGAAAUCAAAAUAUAUUCAUGUACAAACACACACGUGCUUAGCCACACAACUGUUAUGCAGAGCUACGUGUGGGCUCACUAAGGAUUUCCUCUAAUCGAUUUUUUUAAACGAGCCUUUGUGGAUCGACUUUAUUUACCUCUGUUAACAUCUGUAUCGUCACCUGUAUUACGAAAUUAAAGAUUUUUUACGUGAAUACGUUAUAUCGUGAUACCUCAUACAACGCCAGAUAUAUAAGGGGACUGAAAUCCCACGAAAUCAGUAACGUUCCGAAAAUGAUGAAUUUGGCAUCAAGUCGGUUGACAGUGCCGAUUUUCGCUAUCAUAGUCGGAGUCAUCGUCCAGGCGGACACUGAGCUCGCAUGGUGGCGAACAAUAACUCUGUACGAGAUCUGGCCACGAUCAUUUAAGGACAGCAAUGGAGACGGAAUUGGCGAUUUGAAUGGCAUUAAAAGCAAAUUGGACUACCUAAGCGAGCUGGACAUAGGGGCGAUAUGGAUUCAUCAGUUGUUAUACGGCAACCACUAGGGAUCCUCAGCGUACACCUUUCCAAUGGGAUAAUACUACGUCGGCAGGUCAGUUAUCAAUUGGAGGUUCGAUUAUAUUAUA